CUGGCGGCCGAAGCCCGAGUCACGCUACGACAACAUAUUAUAUGCGCCAGUGUAAAGUGUUGUCAGUGCAGCCAGAACGCGAGAUCGCUACGAUUUUGCAUAAUUUUGCAAUCGUUGAGAAACAAAGACAAGAGAUAAACAUACAGGGCAGUUGGGAAAAUGAAAAAAUUUCGUUCAAAAAUAACGGGAAAUGAUUUUUGAUAUCGUCUCGUCUCGCCGAGCAAGAAUUCUAGUAUGUGAUGUCUUCUCCUGAAAUUCUGGUAUCACUUUGUGUUAUUCGCAUUGAGAUAAGUGAUUUUGACCUUCCUGAGGACGCAAGCGCCAUGGAUAAGAAUGCGAGAAAAAUGAGGGGGUCCCGGGAACCACGAAAUAUAACAAUAGAAACUUACACCGAUCGUAAUGAAAGACCUUUACCACUGUUACCACAAUCUCAAAGUUCUCGGCAAUCCAGUAAAUCUCAAUCCACUUCAAGAGAAAAUUCAGAAGAAAAGUCAUGUGUACCUACUGUAGCUUCAACUGCAAAUAUGGACAGCGUUGGAGCUGCUGCUUGCAAUACAGCAUCAGAUCAGAUUAAUUUCAUUUCAGGCAAUCCUUAUGUAGAGGUUACCAAGGGUAUUUUACAUCUCUUUAAAGAAAAUUCUCUCACUGAAAUGCAGUCAGCUGCCAAUCGAAGUCACACAAUCUGCAUACUGUCAGUACCAGCAACCAUGACUUGUCAUGAUUUAAUGACUUUUACAGCUGCGUGUCAUCAAGAUAUUCAGUAUUUCAGAAUUAUCAGAGAUGGAAAUCCCAAUCAAUACAUGACACUGAUUACUUUCCGCUCAUCGACUGCUGCUUUUGAGUUUUAUGAAACAUUCAACGGAGCUCCCUACAACUCAUUAGAACCAGAAGUUGUUUGUCAUAUGGUGUUUGUCUCACGAGUUGAAACAGCUGACAAUGGCUUGCCCUUAUCAGGGCAUACAGAACUACCAUCUUGUCCAGUUUGUUUAGAGAAAAUGGAUGAAAGUGUUGAUGGAAUACUAACAAUAUUAUGUAAUCAUACUUUUCAUGCCGAGUGUCUGGUUAAAUGGGGUGACACAUCCUGCCCAGUCUGUCGGUAUGCUCAAACUCCGGAACCUGUUGCAGACAGUCAUUGUAUGGAAUGUGUUGCAGAGACCAGCAAUGAAGCCCUGUGGAUUUGCUUAAUUUGUGGGCAUAUUGGUUGUGGCAGAUAUGAUCAAAGUCAUGCCUUUGAGCACUACCGAGAUACGCAUCAUUGUUAUGCGAUGGAGCUGGGAAAUAAUCGAGUUUGGGACUAUGUUGGUGAUCACUGGGUCGAUCGCUUAUUACAAAAUAAAGACGGCAAAAUGGUGGAAGGAGGCCAGGAGCCUACAAAAGGAGAAAGAGCAUCUGUUGAUGAGAAAGUCGAUUCAGUCCAAUUAGAAUUCACGUAUUUAUUAACAUCGCAACUCGAGACACAGCGUGAGUAUUUUGAAGAGAAGCUUGCUAAAAUAGAACAACGUACUUGUGCUGAAACAACGGAGCUUCGAGAAAAAGUAGAACACCUCACCGAGGAAAAUUCCAAGAUUAAGAAUCAACUGACUGCUCUAACACGAGAAAAGCAAUCGAUAGAAAAGAAGCUGCAAAAUUCAAAUGCAAAAUUAACGCAAGCUCAGUCCCAGUUGUCAGAGGAAAAGGAACUAAGACAAGCUCUUCAACAUAAUCAAACUUCUUGGCAGAUUAAACACAAACAACUGCAAGAUGAGAUGAACGAAUUCAAAGAAAAGAAAGAAGUUGAAACGACCGACUUGAAAGAGCAAAUACGGGAUCUCAUGUUUUUCUUGGAAGCGCAGAAACAAAUCGAAAAUUCAGCCGACCGAGAGGAGAUAGCAUCGGGUCGCAUUGUCGUCGGGCCGGGCUCGACUACGCCAAAGAGCAAAAGUAAAAAGGACAAAAAGCAUUGAUGGAUCUCCUCGUAACGCGAGCCCCUUGUAAAAUAACUUUAUACUUUUAAGACCUCUGUAAGAUAGUAGUUUUUUAUCGUGCUGAAAAAAUAAAAAAACAGAUACUUAACUUUUAUAUU